ACGACGCUGAGUGUUCCGUUUUGGGCGGAAGCGCUGGACGAGAGGAGAAACUACUGUAGGGACAAGGCCUCGCCCAUGGAGUGGGGGUUGCUUCCGGGUCGCGCUCCCGGAAACAGGAAGUUGCCCAUCCUCCUUGCCCGGCGGCAGCUGUCCGCGAGGCGGGAGGAGCCCGAGGGGGCGCGAGCCCCGCAAGAAUCAUUGUAGUCAAUCAUUUUCCAGUUCUCAGCCGCUCGGUUGUGAUCAAGAGACACAUGGUUUCCGAACUGCCAGCUCAGAAUAGGAAAAUACUUGGGAUUUUAUAUUGGAAGACAUGGAUCUUGCUGCCAACGAGAUCAGCAUUUAUGACAAACUUUCAGAGACUGUUGAUUUGGUGAGACAGACAGGCCAUCAGUGUGGCAUGUCAGAGAAGGCAAUUGAAAAAUUUAUCAGACAACUGCUGGAAAAGAAUGAACCUCAGAGGCCCCCCCCACAAUAUCCUCUCCUUAUAGUUGUGUAUAAGGUUCUCGCAACCUUGGGAUUAAUCUUGCUCACUGCCUACUUUGUGAUUCAACCUUUCAGCCCAUUAGCACCUGAGCCAGUGCUUUCUGGAGCUCACACUUGGCGCUCACUCAUCCAUCACAUUAGACUGAUGUCCUUGCCCAUUACGAAGAAGUACAUGUCAGAAAACAAGGGAGUUCCUCUGCAUGGGGGUGAUGAAGACAGACCCUUUCCAGACUUUGACCCCUGGUGGACAACGGACUGUGAGCAGAAUGAGUCAGAGCCCAUUCCUGCCAACUGCACUGGCUGUGCCCAAAAACCCCUGAAGGUGAUGCUCCUGGAAGAUGCCCCAAGGAAAUUUGAGGGGCUCCAUCCACUGGUGAUCAAGACGGGAAAGCCCCUGUCGUCGGAGGAGAUUCAGCAUUUUUUGUGCCAGUACCCUGAGGUGAUAGAAGACUUCACUGAAGGGUUUUUCGCCAAGUGGUGGCGCUGCUUUCCUGAACGGUGGUUCCCAUUUCCUUAUCCAUGGACAAGACCUCUGAACAGAUCACAAAUGUUACGUGAGCUUUUUCCUGUUUUCACUCACCUGCCAUUUCCAAAAGAUGCCUCUUUAAACAAGUGCUUCCGUCUUCACCCGGAACCUGUUGUGGGGAGUAAGAUGCAUGAGAUGCGUGACCUAUUUAUCAUGGGCAGCGGCGAGGCCAUGUUGCAGCUUAUCCCUCCCUUCCAGUGCCGAAAACAUUGUCAGUCUGUGGCCAUGCCAAUAGAGCCGGGAGAUAUCGGCUAUGCCAGCAGCACUCACUGGAAGGUCUACAUUAUAGCCAGAGGGGUCCAGCCUUUGGUCAUCUGCGAUGGAACCACUUUCUCAGAACUGUAGGAAAUAGAACUGUGCACAGGAACAGCUUCCAGAGCCGAAAACCAGGUUGAAAGGGGAAAAAUAAAAAACUAUGAAACUGCUUUCCAGGGGUUGGUUACUUAGUUACCUGCCCUUUGCAUGCAUGUGUGAACCAGCUGUGAGCUGCAAGGCAGUGGCCAGGGCCUAGCCCUCCUGACUCUUCCUGCAGAUGGCUCAGGAAGGAUUCAGCCUGGCCACUUGGCUAGGACUCUGCCAGCACCCAUCUGAGACUGACCUCUUCCGGGCCUUUGGGCACUAAGACCUUGAUGCUGCCCCUUAGGCAGGAAACAGGGCUGGUGCCUGCCUUCGCCUGUAUUGCCAGCUUCCUUCCCUGGCAGUGGAGAGGGCAGCCAACAGGUUCUGAUGUCAGAGCCAUCCUUUACCAGGUGGGCCUGCUUGUCCCCAUCUUCCUGGCCACAUCACUCUACUUUUUGGAAAGCCAUGGCUGAUUAAAGAAGUUCUUGUAGUUUCCCAAACGAAAUGGAAUCUAGAAGCAGUGAAAAAAGGUCAGAUAACUUUGAAUUGCAUUCAAGAAGUACACUUCUUUCCCAUUGUCCGUGGCACUUGGAGUCUCUAUAAUGCCAGGCUAGAGUCUGAUCAUAUAAUAAUUCAAAGUGGUAACUCCCAAGGUAACGCUUUCUUCCAUUUCAUCAGGUUCUUAUAUCCCCACUGCACUCCCUCCCCUUCUCCCUUGCCUGUCUGAAUGGCUUCUUGGAAGCUUGGCUCUAGUCCUCCCUGCCUUGGCAGGGCCAGAGCCCACUACUGCUGAGGCAGCACUGCUCUUGUCAGCUGUGUUGCCUUUACCAAGUGUCUUCAGAGGGUUAUGAGUUAGAGUAGCUGGCCGGGGGAGAGGGUGCCUCCCUGGGUUUGAUCUUUAGGGUCUGACUUUCUGCAGAGAAGAUGUUUUACAGAUGUGUCAAAGCUGAUGUUGUAAUGUGGUUGGGGGAGGAAAUCCAGACCCAAAGUGUUUGUCAGCUGGGUGUACAAAUGACUGUGUGAUCCUCUGUCUUAAAAUGAUUUCUGUCUGUGCUGGGAAACAAAAACAAGGUGAGGUAUUUUUCUUUUUUGUAGUAAUAUAAAGCUGUGUGUUUCUGAUUGGAUGAUUCACUAUGUGCAUUGUUUUCUCCCAAGUGCUUUCGGUAUAUAGCAAUCAAAUGGUGUAAAUAAGGAUGUUCUUUUCCUGUUCCUUUUUUUUUUUCUCUAUUAUUCUUUUAUUGACACCGCUAGAUACCUGGCCAUUGGUCAUGCCAAUGCCAGGAUGAAGAAAAAGCAAUCUACACUUUGGCCUCUGGUUCUGAAUUGCAGAAAUCAAAUGGAUACAUUACGUGUCGAUGUCAGAAUUAUGGAUCAGAGGCAGACAGUGAUGAGUGAAGAUGGUUGUGAAGCCCUCUUCAUUCCUGGAGGAGCCUGCAUCUCAUCUCCAGGCCCUCUUUCUCUGGGGGUCUCAUGCCCAGCAGUGAGGAGCACUGAGCACUUGAAUGGCCUGUUUGUCUGCGGGCUUACAGAGGACAAGCAGAGUUCACAGAGCUCAGGGUGGAAACAUCAGAGCCUCCUCCGCGGGCUUCAGUGAAACUAGGAUGAACUGUACCUGAGGGAAUUUUUUCUUAAUCAACCCCUUGUGUGGAUGAAUACAGGAAAAACAAAACUUGUGUACAUAUAAAAGUCAUGCUGUGAAGCAGCUAUGAUUUAAGAGGUUUUAAGUCAGAGGGAUCAUGUAGAGGCCGGCUUUGCGUAAGCUUUUACAGCCUUCUGCAGUGUCCUUACCCUGGCCGCACAUGGGGAAGGGCUGUAUGUAAACAAGUGCUUUAGAGGCCUCUGAGAGUUUUUAAAAAUUAGACCCGUUAACAAAAAAGAGGGUUUCUUAGGAACAAAGCAACUAUUUUGAUUA